CGCAAUGAUGCAAAAUUUUUUACUGUGUAAUAUGUAUGUGAAUUUAAAUUUUACAGAUACUAAAUAUGAGCCUAUCUCAGUCCGUAUCAAGAGCAACAAGAUCUGGCAGAAAUGUCAAAAAGCCAAAAAGAUUUCAGUCAUCGAGUAGCGAGAAAGAGCUCAAUGCUGAUGAUGUAACAACUGAUGAUGAUCUGGAGGAUUUUGAUGCAACUGAUGAUGAUCUGGAGGAUGAACUAAGCAGCCAUGAAAAAACUGAAGAAGAAAAAAAUGAAUAAAUGCAUGCAUCCAUGAUAGACAUGUUUGAAGGAAUGGCGGAAGAAAUUGUCAUUUUACAAACCGAAGACCCAACGAAUAAAUUACUGCUGAGAACUGAAGAAAGAAUAAAAGAAGACUCGACUAAUGUUACAAAAGAAAAAGUGGAUCAGCAUCUACACAUAAAUGACAAUGAUAGCCCUAGUAUCCAACAUGAUAAUAAUUCUAACACGAAACCGGUUGCGCAUAAAUCUGAUUAUGUCAUACCAUCAAAAAAAUUUAUUCCAAUAACAUCAAAUGUGAUCCAAGAUCCACCUCUUUCUGUACAUGCAUUAAAAAAUAAUCAAAAAAAUGCUAAUAAUUUAGCAGCUCAACAACUUAAUAGUAAUAAUGGUAAAGCAAAAUCUCAACAGACGAAGCCUGGUACAUCGCCGAAAGACCAUAACAAUUAUCAAUAUCAACGUAUUGAAAAUUUAAUAGUGACAAGCUUAAGAAGAAUUGACGAGAAGCAAAAUGAAAGAAUGGAUAACCUGGAGAACAUGUUACGACAGAGGGAACCAAUGGUUGCCAACGCUCCAAGGAAUAACAACAUCGGAAAUCAUAACCCACGUCCUCCAGGUUUUCCUAUUACUUCACUUGAUGAGUAUAAUGCUUAUGAAGAUGACGAUGAUAAUCAAGAGAGUCAGAAUCAGUUACGCCAAUAUUUAGCUCAAGAAGAAGCUGGUUCAUCAAAUUGCAAAGACUCUAUUCGCAAAUUUUAUUAUCACACAUUUUCACCAAGUAUUUUUAAAAAAUUGCAAUGGACUUCUCACAACUUGAAGAACCGUCCAGAAAUGCGUGGUUUAUUCAAUUCAAAAAUAUCUAAUGUCUUUUUUGAAGCAAUUCAUGAGUGUCAACAUGAUAAACGAUUAACGUCAGACGAAUUUAGUAAACACAUGACUGCAGCCAUAGAAGCAGGCAAACAGUCGUUACGUGAUAGCCAUAAACGUAAUCAACGUAAUAAUCCGGCGCCGCGAAGAUCAUGUGCUACAGCUAUAAAAGCAAAAUAUGGACGUUUUGAUGAAAAUGCGAGAAUGGAUGCAAAUGAUGAAGACUAAAUGUGAUUUAAUGCUACUCUUUAUACUAUAAUUAUUGUUACACUA